AUGCUAUUCUGCAUCGCCCGAGAUUUACUCAGAGGACUGCUGUACUCAGGCUUCCACUUUGGAUUCCUACACGUCAUGUCAUCGUCCGAUAGAGGGACAGAUAUACUCGAUCGGGAUCUGCUUCUAAAAGGUCUAGAAGACCAGCCAUGGUUCGAGAAGAACAUCCCUCUACUGGACAUACCCGAUAAACAAAUCCAGGAGGUAUACUACUACCGCUGGCAGACCUACAAAGAACACCUUGUCUACACUGGAACAGAGUAUGGUUACAUAGCCAGUGAGUUCUUGAACCCCGUCAGCUAUGGCGCACCGUAUGGCGGUAUCGUGGCUGCUGCAGGUCAUCAUAUCACCGAAGGUCGGUGGAUACGUGAUACGAGAUAUGGUCAGGAUAUCGCAAAGUAUUGGCUCGCUGGACCAGGCCAGUUCCCCAAACCAAUGAGAGACGAGGUCAACAAAGAUACCUCUGACUGGGCGCACGAGUACAGCUUCUGGGCUGCCACUGCAUUGUGGAAACAAUACUUGGUCACGGGAGAUAAAGACUUUGUAGUUGGACAGCUUGCAAAUCUGGUGAAGCAGUAUCGAGGCUCGGAUAACCAUUAUUCCAGCUCUCUAGGCCUGUAUUGGCAGGUGCCUGUUUGGGAUGCUACGGAGUACACAGCUGCUUCUUACGAGUCUAGUGACCCCUAUCAUGGAGGUGCUGGCUUCCGGCCAACGAUCAAUUCUUAUCAGUAUGGAGAUGCCAUUGCUAUAGCCAAAAUUGCUGCUUUGGCUGGAGACUCUGAUCUUGAAAAUGAAUACCGAAGCCGGGCAGAAAGUCUGCAAAUGGCCGUACAAAAGCAUUUGUGGGAUAGUGAGAGCAAAUUCUACAAACACCAGGCCCGUGACGACAACCCCUCCGGCUCCUUGCUGGGUACUAGAGAAAUCAUGGGCUAUCUUCCCUGGAUGUUUGAGAUACCGUGCGAUGAGUCCCAACUCGCCGCCUUCUCCCAGCUCAAAGAUCCCCAAGGAUUCUUAUCGGACUUUGGCCCAACUACAGCUGAGCGAAGAAGUAAGUGGUUCAUGUAUGAGGCAGAGAAUUGCUGCCGAUGGGAUGGCCCUUCAUGGCCGUUUGCGACAUCGCAGACUCUAACUGCGGUUGAGAAUGUUCUCCACGAUUAUCCAGCGCAGAAAUACAUCACUACCAAGGACUAUUACGAGAUGCUGCAUCGAUACGCUCGAACACAAUACAAGAACGGGCAACCUUAUGUGGCUGAAGCUCAUCAUCCUGAUGAAGACAAAUGGAUGUAUGAUGGCUACAAUCACAGCGAAGAUUAUAACCACUCGACCUUUGUUGAUAAUGUUUUAGCUGGCCUAAUCGGGAUUCGAGGCCAGUCUGGUGAAACAGUGGUUGUCAAUCCUUUGGCCCCUUUAAACUGGGACUAUUUUGCAGUUGAGAACGUGGAGUACCAUGGCCACUCUAUAACUGUCUUAUGGGACAGAACAGGUUCAGUCUAUGACCGAGGCCAAGGCUUGAAAGUUUACGUUGAUGGUCAGCUUGCUGGGAGUCGCGAAACAAUCGGUCUUAUAAAGGUCGAUGUCGGUCCAUCUGUCCCAACACCAGUUUCCUCCCAAGCAAACAUCGUAGCAAAUGGCCAGCGAGAUCCUCGACUUCCCCUCGCUUUUGCUUCAUACACGUCUCCAGCGGAUGAUCCUAUGGGGGCCAUCAACGGAAUGAUCUUCCGGACAGGAAUUCCACAAAACAGCCGAUGGACUUCGUACAAUAGUCCAAAUUCGACAGAUUAUUUCGGAGUCGACUUACGCAAGGAUCAAGCUGUCGAUAAUGUGCGGCUCUUCUUCUACGAUGACUCUGAUGGUGUUCGGAUCCCUACCAGUUACGACCUUCAGUACUGGACAGGUAAUGCUUGGGUAGAAGUUCCCGACCAGGCUCGUACUCCGAUACCAACCAGCUCAAAUGCCGAGACCAAGAUCGUCUUCCCUUCCAUAUUGACUUCUCGACUGCGUGUUGAGGCACCUAAUGCUGGGUCAGGUGUUGGAUGGGGGCUAUCUGAAUUUGAGAUUUGGACAUCAGGGGAAUAG